AAGAAAAUUUUGUUGCCCAAUAAGGGCCUAAUCAGCAUGAUGAACGUCAGCCUAAGCGAUGAUUUCAACAGCACCAACAACAGCACAUCACCCUUCCAUUGUUCGACGAGUCUUUCCGUAACAACAUUCAUUUCUCAAGUAAUAUAUUCUGGCGUCUGCAUAGCAGGCCUUGUGGGUAACACUAUGGUUAUAUACGUUGUCACAAGAUUUUCAAAAAUGCAAACUGUCACUAAUAUCUACAUCCUCAACCUAGCAGUUGCAGACGAGUGUUUCCUAAUCGGGAUCCCUUUUCUGCUAACCACAAUGACAAUAGGUAGAUGGACAUUUGGCACGCUGAUGUGCAAGAUCUACAUGACAACAACAAGCAUUAAUCAGUUUACUAGCAGCAUAUUCAUAUUUAUAAUGAGUGCAGACAGAUACAUCGCUGUUUGUCAUCCAAUAUCAUCGCCACAAUUCCGAACUCCCUUUAUCUCCAGGAUCGUUUCAGUGGGUGCUUGGGUCAUGAGUGCCAUCUUUAUGAUACCUGUGAUCCUUUAUGCGAAUGCGGCGAACGAAAAUGGUCAAGUCACCUGCAACAUCCUCUGGCCUGACCAGCACGGUGGGCAAACGUCAUUUACACUCUACACCUUCAUCCUUGGCUAUGUAAUUCCUCUAAUACUUGUGUUGGUCUUCUACAUCCUCGUGCUCAGAAAACUCCAAACAGUUGGACCUCAGAACAGGUCGAAUGAUAGGAAGCGCUCCAACAGAAAAGUGACGACAAUGGUUUUAACAGUAAUAGCUGCAUACAUUUUAUGCUGGGCACCUUACUGGAUAACUCAAAUGUCACUAAUAUUCACGCCACCUAACGAGUGUCAAUCUGAGCUGACAAUAACAAUGUUUCUACUCGCAGGGGUUCUAGCCUAUUGCAACAGUGCUAUGAACCCUAUUCUAUAUGCUUUCCUUAGUGACAACUUUCGCAAAAGCUUUGCAAAGGCUUGUACUUGUGCAGCAUAUAAAGAGGUGAAUGCUAAUCUUCAUAUUGAAAACAGCGUGUUCCCUAGGAAGAAUAAGGGAAAUACUGAAAGGCUUCAAGUUGAUAGGGUGGUCGUAUCUGCCCAGUCAAAGGCAGAGCUUGAAGAAGAGGAGGAUGAACGGGGGUUGCUGAUCAGCAAAACUUCAACGACUGGGGUCACAAUGACUUCGAGAACAAAUAUCACGAUUAGUAGUGGGUCAAGAGAUAUGGAUGAACAGGAAAGGAGGGAUAAGGAUAUCCACAGGAAUGGCGCACAACACACUUUGCUGACACAGGUGUAAGGAUUUUGGAUUUGUUAUUAGUAUAAUAUAUGAGUGGCGUUGUACGAUUUGGUGGUGUAAGAUAAUCUAAUUAUGUUAUAUCCUGAUAAGAUACCGGAACUUAGUGGUGUAUCAUAUCUGAGAUAAGAAUUUCAGCUUUAAGAAGGGAACAAUGUGCAGGGACAGAGCAGUGAGCACUCAUUAGUGGGAAUGGAGGGUAGAUAGAUCAAUGUGUUGCCAAUAAAGAACUAUUUGUUAGAGAAUUUGUAUCAUAUAGGAAUAAAAGAUAUGAACUUACAGCGGGAAAGAUUUGUGAAAAUAUGUGUGAUCAUAUCAAACAGUGACUCUUGCAGCAGACACUUAAAGGGUAUACUUUUAUGGAAAAAUUUCUGAUGGUACGAAUUCUAAAGAUAGCGGAUACUGUUUGUGCAGGUUGGCUAAUUUUUAAGCAGUUUUAUAUUUUUUAACAACGGUUUUCUGUUCUUCAAUAAUAGUAACUUACUCCACUGUAGUGUUCAGUCCUUUAGCAAUAUUAUACUGUUAUAAAAUGGUACAUUACGAUUUUGGAAGCAACCUAUUUAAUUAAAAUUGCUUGUUUUAGAACAACAACUUUUUAUUGUGUAAUAAUUGAUCUAAUUUUUAAAAACUUUAAGGACAUUUUUUCCUUCUUGAUGUACCUAUAUACACAUUAUUUUAAUCUUUACCAUUUUAUGUUAUUUACUAAUAGUUUAUCUCUUCCGAAACGCAAUAUUCUGUUGAUGAAUUAAGUUUUUCUUUAUGUAAUAACAAUUCUUCACCAAAUGCGACUUUGGAUAUUGAAGUGUAAAAUACCAACUGAAGAUCGGAUCGUCAAUUGUUUAAAGGGCCUAAGAAGAACAGGACUUUCAGGACAGGCCUGUUAUUAUUUCACGUUCAGGGUAAUCUUAAAGCAUUAUAGACUGUUUUUACAUUUUUUGAAAAUGUUUUUUGACACUUAACAAGAAAAACGAUGUGUGUUUUGAUAGCAGAGAGAGUUUGAAAUGUAUUCUUCGUUUAGAAAUAAGAAAUUGAAGAGAAAGAUUUCUGGUAAAAAUGGUACUAAUUAGAAAUUUUGUAAGUAUGAUUCUAAACUCUUUCUGAUCAAAAAUCUAAUUAUGUAAUUUAAAACUGGACCUAGUCUACUACAGUGAUCUUUGCCAUCUGAUAAAACAAUAGAUGGCGCUAAACUGUAUGCUUCUACAUAUAAUGUAAUUAAUUUAGUGAACUAUUGCAUCUAUUGGUGUGUUAUCUCGCUGAGA